AUGGAAGCGAAAGACUUCCCGCCGGAAGAUGAAGACCAUCAAGAGAUCGAAUUACCUCCAACUUCAAGCCCGGAUAACCCAACACAAGUCGAACCUAUUUUCUGUACAGGCGAUUGUGGAUUUGGACGAUCUUCGCUGACAACCUGGUCCACCCGUAUUACCGGUACCGUAUCCGUUGCUGACUGGGCAAUCAAAUACUGGACUAAAGGAGUAACAUCCAAGUUCAUUUCGAUGCGGGUACCUGAAAGUGAUGCCAUCAACAAAGAACUCUUGCGCACGGCACCAUACAUCAUGAGUGUACGCGCCAUGCCCAGUGCUGAUCCGACAAACAACUCAGACACUUAUCGGUUCUUCUUUUCCGAACGUUCACCCGACGGCAUGAAAAGGUCAAUAAUUGAGCUCUCACUUCCUCGGGGAAUCGUGCCUUCGAGAUUCAAUAAAUGGCCAGCCAGAGAAGCGUUUGCUUGUGUGGAUCAUAGAGUCCGAUACUGGGUUGAGUUGUGGUAUGAUCGUGAAAUGUUGAAAGAUAGAACUGUUUAUGACAAAGCUUUGUGGGAGUGGGCGAGAUUGAAGGGUGAUUCUAUGUUGGAGGAAAUGAAGGUUGGCCGAGAUGUCUUUUGGGAUGGCAUCUGCAGUCGCUCGUCUUGCUGCUUCUAG